AUGGAUCCAGUGUCAAGGACAGCUCAAAUCCGGUCUCGUCUUGAGCUCCUGCCGGUGGAGAUCAUUCAGUUAAUUUUCCUCCACUCUCUCGAAUUCAAUCUUCCGCGGGCCUCUCCCUACAUCUCUCGGAUGCUUUCCAAUACUGUUAUCUACACCUGGCUCAUUCGACUGGCAUUCAGCAGUGCCAAUGAGAGUUCAAAGCAUGGUUAUUUCACCGCGGAUUUUCUGCCCCCUCCGCUGGAUUUCUGGGCUCUCUCUGCACAGGAACGGAGAGACCUCCAGAGCGACAUCCUGGAAUGUGGCUGGUUUACUCUGCCGUUAAUCCGCAAGUGUCAACGAGAAUAUAUGGAACAGGUUGUCCGGCAUAAACUUCAUGAUCUAGACUUCUGUCCAGACGACCUCCCGGCGUUGGACAACAUCGGCCGCCAAUACGAUAACCUCGAAGGAUGCGACAAGGGACUGGGAGGCAUUCGCGGGAAAGGAGACCUGAUACUCAGGGCCAAAGAUCGCGCGACGAAAAAGGAAGAGAGAGUCGCAUUGUGGUUCCAUUACGGGGCCCUACUGGUCCGUCCACCCAAAAAAUUAUACGACCAUCUCGAUAUCUUCCAGCUUCCAUGGUGCUCUGUAGACUGGCCCCCUCGCAUCCCUGAUAGAUUACUUUCCCCGCCGUGGACGGAGACCAAGCUCGAAUUCCUUCGGCUCUUCUCGACGAGCGCAUACAUCGACGAGGAUUCUACUUUCCCACGUUCCAAACGGGUUCUUCGGCAGGUAAUCCGGGACCGUGAUCUCGCGACCUUUGAGCAAUUGGUCAAGAUGUAUGUUAUCAUUAAGAACUACAAAUAUCUUUUGCGCUGGCCGGUCUCAACCAAUGUCUUUAGCUUCGCUUUGAAGCAUGCAGAUGAGCGGGACGAUCCUUUUAUAAAGAUAUUAGUGGAUCAGCGAUGGGAGGAUAUACCUGCCAAAGCGUCACAUCUCAAAGAACAGUUGAUGUCCAAAGCUGGGGUCUGA